CAAAGCUUGGAACGCACGGAAGAGGAAGUGAAUCCAACGUGCAACCGUCGCUGAACGCGGGCGGAAACACUUCUAAUCUUGCUUUGGAGCGUAGGGAGGAAGUAGUGUCCGUAUUGUGUAGCAGCUUGCACCUCACACUAUGGGCCUUCUACCAGCCCAGAAGGCCUUCUUUCCCUUGCGCUCCUUGGAUUCGCUUAUAUGUCUUUUCCGGUGGGAGUUAUCACGCCCUGAGCCUGACUUGACUCUACUGUCCCUGAUAAUUGGAUACGUUGAACACUUCCUCGCAGUAAAUCGUGUGGUUCCCACUAAUAUAACAAGUGUACAGGAUGGAGUUGCUGCGGUCACCAAGACAGUUUCAGAAGGGGAAAAGCCAAAAAGUGUGGAGAAUAAAACCCGAGAUGGUGCUAAGGCUGAUCAAGGAAAGAGAGGAACAAGAGGUGACCAAACUAGAAAAACAAGCUCUGGAGGGAACUCUAGAAAAGAAAAGGAUAGUGGGGCAUUAGAUGCCUCUAGAACAUUGCAAUCCAAGGAGAUAAUAAAUGCAGGAAGAGAUGGUUCAGAGGGCAGAAAGGAAAAAGACUAUGAAAUUGGACUGAACAACAAUGCAAGCCAGACUUCAAAGAUGGGGCCUGGGAAGGAGAGUAUAACAGAAAAUAUAGAGAAUCCUAAAACAGAUCAAAGCCAGAAGGUUAUCCCAUACUUUCCAACACUGGAUCUGUCUGUUGUGCAGGCCCUGCAUGCUCGUUUCACAGCGCAGACUCGUGGUGCAGUGGAUCUGUCUUGCUACCCUCGGGAAGAUGGUGCAUCAAGUCGUGAGCUCAUUCGAAGAGUUUCAGAUGUUAUCUGGAAUGGCCUGAGUCGCUCCUAUUUUAAAGACAGGGCCCACAUACAAUCACUUUUCAGUUUUGUGACAGGCACAAAGCUGGACUCACCUGGUGUGGCCUUUGCUGUGGUGGCAGCAUGCCAGGUACUAGGACUUUCUGAUGUUCACCUGGCUCUUUCAGAGGACCAUGCAUGGGUGGUGUUUGGUAAGGAUGGUGAGCAGACAGCUGAAGUAACUUGGCAUGGGAAGGGCAAUGAGGACAGAAGGGGACAAUCUGUGAACUCUGGUGUCUCUGAGAAGAGUUGGUUAUAUUUAAAUGGAAGAUACCUGCGCUGUGACCGCCACAUGGAAGUGGCUUUCAUGGUUUGUGCCAUUAACCCUUCAAUUGAUGCUCAUACGGAUAGUUUGGAGUUACUGCAGUUACAACAGAGUUUGCUGUGGGUGCUGUAUGAUGGAGGACACCUAAACAAGUAUCCUAUGGCCCUGGGUAAUCUGGCAGAUCUUGAAGACCUUUCCUCAACCUCUGGGCGCCCCAAGCCUCUUGAAUUAUAUAAUAAGGCUAUUCAUUCCUCCCGAGUACAUUAUGAAAAUCAACACCUGUAUCCGCACAUUUACUUGGCUGCGUACCACUGUCGGAAUAAAAAUGUGCGUGAAGCGCUGAAAGCCUGGGCUGAGACAUCUGCGGUUAUACAGGAGUAUAAUUACUGUCGUGAGGAUGAGGAGAUCUAUAAAGAUCUGUUUGACAUUGCAAAUGAUCUUCUGCCUAAUCUGUUGAAAGAGGAAUCAGUGUUAUCAGAUAGUUUGUGUGGCUCUGCUCUUCAAGACCCUUCCUGUUUUGCAAACCUUUUGCGUUUUUAUGACGGGAUCUGUAAAUGGGAGGAGGACAGUCCCACUCCUGUAUUGCAUGUGGGAUGGGCCACAUUCCUUGUCCAGUCACUUGGGAGAUAUGAUGCACAGGUCAGGCAACAGGUUACAAUAGUCAACUUAGAACCGUCUAAUGAAGAUGAUGACAUUGAAGACACCAGAAGAAGAGGUCCAAGACGGGAGUCAAAACAUGAAGAAACUGUCCAGCCAUGUUCUGUCCCUUCCCCUGAGCAACAGGGGAAGGAAGCCAAGCUUGCACAGGAACUAACGCUCACCUUCCAGAGCCAGAAGAUGAAAGGAAUGAAGGAGUUGUUAGUAGCAGCAAAAGUAAAUUCCAGUGCUAUUAAGCUUCAGCUCACUGCUCAGUCACAAGUGCAGCCAAAGAGAGCUCGGGGGACAACAUCAAGGGACUACACAUUGGGUUAUCUAAAGAGGCAACGCAAAGGAGUAUAAAAAAUGAUAGUAGUGGCGUUUGUUGUAUUUUUUAUAUUCUGUGUUUAUUUUUUAAAUAAAAGGUAUAUUCUAUGUUGUCUAUG